AUGGUCGUGCCUCCAGGCACGACAGGUUGGCCAAUUCUCGGAGAAAGCAUGGCAAUGGCCAUGUCAGGACCGCAAAAGUUCAUGAGCGAAAGAAUGAAGAACCGUUCGCCCGAGGUUUUCCAAACAUCCUUACUCGGAGAAAAAAUGGCUGUUUUUUGUGGAGCUUCGGGUAACAAGUUCUUGUUUUCAAACGAGACAAAAGUCCUAACCACAUGGUGGCCAAAGUCUAUCAAGAAAGCACUCAUAUUUCCUUCAUUCACCCAAAGUUCAUUUAAAGACAUAGCCGCACUUAAGAAGGGAUUCAUGCAAGAAAUCCUCAAACCCGAGGCAUUAAAACAUUACAUACCAAUCAUGGACUCGAUGGCACGCGAUCAUAUAGAAUCCGAGUGGGCUCCAAACAAACAAGUGAAGAUUUCACCACUCGCGAGACACUAUACCUUUUCAUUAGCAUGUAAACUAUUCAUGGGCAUUGAUGAUCCUCACCAUGUAAAGAAACUCGCGGAUUCCUUCAACGAGUUGAUUUCGGGGAUGUUCUCAGUCCCUUUGAAUUUUCCCGGGACAGCUUAUUAUCGAGCAUGCAAUGCGGGCAAAAGGGUACGCCAAAUGCUUCUAGACAUCAUCGAGCAAAGGGAGAAGGAGAUAUCGGAGAGCUAUAAGAAGAACGAAGGACACAACUAUAAGGACCUUUUAUCGCGAAUGUUGUUGGCAGUUGAUCAAGAUAACGACAAGCUUAUGAAUGAGAUGGAGGUUUCUAACAACAUUAUAGGAAUGUUGGUUGCUAGCUACGACACAACCAGUACUUCAGUCACUUUUGUUCUCAACUUUCUUGCCGAGCUUCCACAUAUCUAUGAAGAGGUCUACAAAGAACAAAUGGAAAUUGCAAAAUCUAAAGGAUCAGAAGAUCAGCUAUCGUGGGAAGACAUAGAGAAGAUGAAGUAUUCAUGGAAUGUGGCUCGCGAGGCUUUAAGGUUGGUACCACCAGCUCAGGGUGCCUUUAGAGAGGCUGCAACCGACUUUACUUAUGGCGGUUUUACCAUUCCCAAAGGCUGGAAGACUUUCUGGAGUGUGCAUACUACCCACAGGAAUCCAAACUACUUCCCCGAACCAGACAAGUUCGACCCAUCAAGAUUCGACGGAAGUGGACCAGCACCAUUCACAUUUGUGCCAUUCGGAGGAGGGCCAAGAAUGUGUCCUGGGAAAGAGUAUGCUAGGCUUGAAAUACUUGUCUAUAUUCACAACAUUGUGACAAGAUUCAAGCUGGAGAAAGCUGUGAAAGAUGAGAGGAUAGUUUUCCAUUCAUCUCCAAUACCAUCACAUGGAGUACCUGUUCAUCUGCAUCCUCACAAGAUAUAA